UGCGUAAUGUGUAUAUGUGAGUGUGCGAUGGGCUUAGGUCAGCUUCUGCAAACGCUGCUUACUUUCGCACAAUUCGCGGUAUAUAACAUUUGUUUUGAGUUCAAACACACUGGCUUUAAGUUACAGCACCAUUUGUUAUCACUUUACCUGUAUUACUGCCAAUUUGAAAGGUCUAUUUAUAGCACAAAACACAAAUGCAAAUUUUUGUCACGAUACGCCACACGUUUUUAGAUGGGCGUAUAAGGUUGCCAGACUAAAUUGAUUGCACUACAGCUGAUUGUGCAACAUAGUAAGCCUCAAUAUCGAUAUCAGCAAAACAUUAAAAUAAAAUUGCGCCAACAAUGAAUACAUCCAAAGAUCAACAACCAAAAACUGAAGUCGAUUUGCAGCAACAAAAACAAAAACAUAUGCAACUUCUGCACGAAUACAACAAUUUGAAGGAUGCAACCCAAACAGUGCUGGGAGUCUUAGCACACGCAAAAGGACUACCUAUGAAAGACAUGCAUAAAAUAUACAACCUGCCAGAUGGAAAAUAAUGUUUUCAAUUGAAUUGCAUUGAGUUAUGUAUUUAUUUUCAAAAAUAAAGAUACAUACAGAUGCUUGUAAACAGCACCAAUUCGUAAAA